UUUUCUCAAUUUUCAUGAUGGAACAAAGUGAUGAUUCUUUUAGGAAUCAAAUUUCAGCUCUUUUGCGAGUUAUAAAUGUAACACGAUUCUUCAAACAGGACAAUGUUCCUUGCCAAAUUGAAGAGGGUCUCUUUUUGGGCUCAAUUGGAGCUGCUAAUAACAAGAAUGCACUCAAGAGUUCUAAUAUCACUCAUGUCUUAACUGUCGCUAGACCUGCACAUACAAAUGACUUUGUGUACAAAGUCAUUCCAAUUAGAGGGAAUUGCUCUUUUAAUGAUGCGGGCUUGGUUUUCGAUUUAGAAUAACUUCUUUUGAACAUUUGAAACUGUGCUUAUGAAGCAUUGUCUUUCCUCGUCUUAGUGAUGGUGUUCUUCAGAUGGUAGUCUAUUUCAGCUCUUUUGCUCCUGAGCAGCUAGUUACUCUUUCUAACAUAUGAGAAUGUUGCCUACAAGAGUCAGUAUCACUAUAGUUUAUUUAUACCUUUUAGCCAUCUGUUUCUCAUGCAUAAUCAAUUUUUGCCAAAACAUGCAUUCAACUGAUUCCAUAUGAACUAGCAUCAAUUUCCUAUCUUAUACAUGACUCACCUAAUCUAAGUUCUUUAAAAUGGAACCUUGUGGCUUCUGCUCACAUAAUAAGGCCAUAUUUACUCAUUGAUGAAAGGGCUAUUCGAGUUUUUUUAACACAUUGAGAAUCUUGAAGAAGCAUUAACAAUAACUCUAUUUUUCUCUCUGUAAAUUGAGGUAGUCUUGGACAAAGAAGAUACAAAUAUAACUCAGUACUUCGAUGAGUGCUUUGAUUUCAUUGAUGAAGCCAAACGACAGGGUGGUGGUGUACUUGUUCAUUGCUUUGUCGGAAGAUCCAGGAGUGUGACCAUAGUUGUUGCAUAUCUUAUGAAGAAACGUGGUAUG